CCGCCUCAACAGACCGGCCCGCCGCCAUUUGACAGCGGGGCGGGCCACUCCGCGCCGGUCGGGGCUGCACCCCCGGCGCCGGGCGCUGCAGCAGCCGCCGGCCAUGAAAAUGAGUUGCACAAUCGAAAAAGCCUUAGCAGAUGCGAAAGCACUGGUGGAACGGCUGAGGGAGCAUGACAAUGCAGCAGAAGCUCUGAUUGAACAGACUACAGCUCUUAACAAACGGGUUGAAGCAAUGAAACAGUACCAAGAAGAAAUUCAAGAGCUUAAUGAAGUAGCAAGACAUCGUCCUCGGUCUACGUUAGUGAUGGGUAUCCAACAAGAAAACAGACAGAUUAGGGAACUGCAACAGGAAAAUAAAGAACUACGCACAUCUCUUGAAGAACACCAAUCUGCUCUGGAACUCAUAAUGAGCAAGUACAGAGAACAGAUGUUUAGGUUGCUAAUGGCGAGCAAAAAGGAUGAUCCAAGUAUAAUAAUGAAGUUGAAAGAGCAACAUUCCAAGGAGCUGCAAGUACAUGUGGACCAAAUUACAGAAAUGGCAGCAGUAAUGAGGAAAGCCAUUGAAAUUGAUGAAAAGCAGGGUUGUAAAGAGCAGGAACGAAUCCUUCAGCUGGAGCAGGAAAACAAAGGCCUGAGAGAAAUUCUUCAAAUAACCAGAGAAUCAUUUCUGAACCUCAAGAAAGAAGAUGCCUCAGAGAGCACAUCUCUGUCAGGAUUAGUAACAAGCAGUGAUUUGAGCCUGAGGAAAAGCUGAAGACUCUGGAAGCCCACAAGCUUCAAUUGCACACUUUACAAACUGAGUAUCAGGGGUCACUUGUCAAGCACUUGUUACAGAAUAGGGCACCAGCAAGCUAAUGCAUCUUAAACUCCAGUUUAGUGGCUUUUAUACCGAGUAAGAUAAAUUACAAUUGGUAGUCUACAAAAGCCUUAGGGACAGACUUAAUUGCCAUAGAUCUAACUUUCAUAGGAAAUGGAUUCAUGGACUUAUCCCAUUGGAAAUUCUUUUUAUAUGACACCAUUUUACAGAUAAAAGACAAGAUUUCACAGAAUCUAGCUAAAUUCGUGUUCAUAAAAAGUUUCAGUGUGCCUGUUAUGUAAUGAAGGUAAGCUUUAAAGUCUCAUCUCUGGCUAAAAAGUAGUAACUUCUGAGUAUGCUUUGUGCAUGGCCCACGUCAUGUUUUUUUUCCUUUUAGUAUGUUUUUAAUAGAUUCUCAUGUUGCAACAAACCUGGUUAAUGGAAAGGGUGCACAGGCAGCCUAAAACAUAAGGAUGUCUGUGAUUUGGCCUGUUCAAAUAUAAGGUUGAUUGUCCAAACAGAAGCCAUGGUUUUGCUAUUCAAUAUUUCUUUGUUUAAAUUGAACACAGUUCUUUAAAACAUGUCUACUUGACUGUAUUUUCAAAACAAUUAAAAGAGCUGCUCCUGCUUUGUUGGCUUCUGGAACACAGGUAGCACACUAUAAUUCUUCCUUAGUUUUUACUUCUAAGAGAGAAAAGCAGGCUCAGUUCUUUAGAAGCAAGAAGCCACAGUAGUUCCACCUAUUUCUUCUUGGAUUGGGAAAUGGCAAUUUGAAAGCACCUGCGCAGCAGCAGCAGCAUUUCUGCAAUUAGUUGGCAGCCUGCAGUUAGUACUCUUCAUUUUUAAGUACUAAGUAGUCAUCAGGAAGGUUUUUAAGUAAGUUCAAGGUACGUGUUAUGUUUGCACUAGGGAAAGUUUCGCUAUGCUAUACUGAUGAAUAGACUGCUCGCUUGCAAUCCUGCAAUACUUACAAGAAAUGAAAAGGAAUUAGGUUUUCUAGAUCAAAGUGCAGCUGAUGUUGUAUGCAGAUCUGAUAGAUGUGCUACUCAAGACAGGCUUGUAGUAAAGAGAUGCCAAAAUAAUUAUAUUUGGCUUUUGUUUGUCUGACUAUCCCUUCUUGGUCUAGGCAGAGAGAACACCUCUGCUCUUGAUGGAUAUCAUCACUUUUUAUCCAGCACAUUAAUGUAUUCUUUCCUUGGAAAGCAUACUCAACAGCAGCAGAGUGAAAGCUUUCAACCACAGACAACUGUUGAUCUAUAAAUGCCACCUGCAGUUGAGUAUUUUGGCUAUUUAAUACCUCACACAGCAAAGCAAGUUGAACCCCUAUUCUGAAAUCAACUGUUAAUCAGAUUUGAUUUUCAUUUGCAACAAUGCAGAAAGAAUUAAGCACCAAACACUUUGAAGUGUGUCACUUUCAAAUGUAACUUCCCUUUGACUCAGUACAGCUUCCCUGGGUUCAAGGUAAACUCACCCAGCUCUAAGGGUGAACUUCCAGGGCCCAAUAAAGUCAUUUAUAGGGAACUUAAUAUUUUUGUUCUGUUGCUGCCCCACUUCCCAUAGUACUUUUAAGAGGAAAAAGUGAAGCGGUGGCAAAGGAGUUUUUAGCAGAGAGAAUAAAUGCUGGUUUUCAAUGAGCCAAUCCACAUGGGAAAAAAUGCAGUUAAAAGAACAGAUAAAUUCAUGCUAUCCCAAUUUUCACAGCAUUUUUUAAAUAAGUUGGAUAAUUGCUAUUUCUCUUUCCAGAGCACCUCAGCUUGUUUCCAGGCUUAAGAAUAUAGUGAGGUCUUUCAUGUAUGUGAGAGAACAAAAAGUUUUAACCUUUUCCAAACUUAACACCUGGUGGGAGUUGUUUGGGGAGCAUUUGAGCUCAAGCACAGAACAGCCUUGUCUGCUAUUAGCGUCUAUAAAACCUUGCCAAUGCUGCUCUCAUUUAGAUUUCGCAUUCCUGCUGUAGCUUGCGAGCUGGUGACUUACCCUUUUUUCAAUGGAGUAUUUUGUUGUUCCUAACUCACAAGAAGUUUGGGCUUCAUUUGAUUAAGUGAUUCCUUUUCUAAGUGUCUUUUCAGCCAUUGACUGGUCUCAGAUGUUUAUAUCCAUGUAAUGCUGAAUGCUGUUUCCUGGCUGACAUUCUGGUUUGCCUUUCAAGAACAGUCUCCAGCACUGUAUAGCAGAGAGGGAGUGUUAGUCUGUGGCAUUCUAAGGUUGCUCUAUUAUGAAAUAAUGCUUGAUUAGUGUUUAUUUUUGUAAAGAAAAAUGUGACUUAAUUUAUCUACUCCUAGUCUUCAUAUUUGAUACUUCUCCCCUUUCAUCCCCCUGACCUGAUCACUUUAGGAUUUUACAGAACCUUCACGGUGUGUGGAGUGACUAUUUUUCAUUGCAUACCUGUUAUUUUUGUAAUGCAGAUGGCUUGAAAAGAAUUUAUUGCUAGAAUUGUGUACUGUACAGUAAACUUAUUUUAUGAAUAAAGUUAACUGAAAA